AUCCUGUCUCACUCUGUGAAGGAAAGAGGGAGGGUGAGGUGACUCUAGAGGAAGCAGACCCAUAUUACAACUACUCCAAGGCUUGAGUAAGCUGCGCUGUUUCCCUGUGGAUUUGUGCCAAAGGAGCAAGAAGAGAGAGAAACAAGUUGUCAAUGAGAGCUGCUGCAGUUGUUUGGCUGAAACUCAAUCUUCAUAUCAGGCGUUUCUAGCCUGUGUGAAUGACAGCGAGCAGACAGGGAGUCGGUUCCUCUUUGCUGCUGGUUUUAAUCGCCUGAUCUCUUUACAGCUCUAACUUUUCGGUACAUUUUUGCGUGCGUGAUUCAAUUUGUUGCCAAUGAGCGCAAGUCGCAGCUUGUGUGCGGUUCAUCAUCCUCUUCAUCAUCACCAGAAGCAGCAGAGGAGGAAGAAGAAAACCUUAUAAGGAGCUGGAUUACUGUCGCGCCGAGGAUUUAUUGCCCUCCUUUGUUUGUUUGUUAGGUUUUAUUCUACCAACAAGAAGCCAUGACUUCGGUUUGGAAAAGACUGCAGCGAGUUGGUAAAAAGGCUUCAAAGUUUCAGUUUGUCGCGUCUUACCAGGAACUUGUUUUGGAGUGUACCAAGAAAUGGCAACCAGACAAGCUGAGGGUGGUGUGGACCAGGAGGAACAGACGCAUGUGUUCCAAGCUCCACAGUUGGCAGCCCGGGAUCAAGAACCCUUACAGGGGGAUGGUGAUGUGGCCCGUCCCAGAAAACAUUGACAUCUCUGUUACCCUCUUCAAGGAGGCCAAUGCCGAUGAGUUUGAGGACAAAGACUGGACGUUUGUCAUUGAGGGUGAGAACAAGGGUCACCGUAAGGUUCUGGCAUCGGCUGACAUCAACCUGAAGCGCUUCGCCAGUCCCACGCCGACCCAGACCGACCUGACGCUGAAGCUGAAGCCGCUGUCUGUCAAAGUGGUGGAGGCCACGCUCAAGCUAUCGCUGUCAUGUGUCUUUGUUCGAGAGGGGAAAGCCACUGAUGAAGACAUGCAGAGUCUUGCCAGCCUGAUGAGCGUCAAACCCACAGAUAUCGGCAACUUGGACGACUUCAACGAGAGCGAUGAAGAGGAGGACAAGAAGUCAGUGACUGCUUCAGUAGUUCCCCACACUCUAACGCGCCCAAAUCGUCCUGCUCCUCCUCCACCUGACAAGCGAAUCUCCUCUGGCGCCACUCUUCCAUCCUCAGCUCCUGCUUCAUAUCAGCAGCGCCCCCCAGAGGCUCAAACUGGGGAUGAUUCUGCUUCAGCUUCUGGUCGUUCUCACGUUUUCAGACCUCAGAUUGUCAAGUCAAUCGCCCGGCCUACCUCUCCCUCGCCUUUUUCCACUGAUGCUCCUUCACUUGUGCCGACGCCGCCUCUUUCAAAAUCUCACCCCUCUAGCUCAGAAUCAGGUGCUCAGGGUUCCUGGUUGACAUCUGAAUCUGCUCCGGGUGGUGGCGACAUCACCCCCAUCCCUCUGUUGACCAGUCCUGAUCUGGAUGCUCUCUGUGACCCAGUGGUUACAACCCGUCCCGCCUCCCUCCCUCACUCCUCACCCCCCCAUCCCUCUUCUCUUUCCACCUCUACCUUUUUCUCCUGCCCUCUCGUUGUCGCCCAUCCUUCUGCUCCUCUUGCUCAGAUCAGCUCCAGUCAGUCAGGCUUGACGUUCCCACUUACUCAGGAGGAUAAAGAAAAAACUUCGGCAGCGAAAGAAACAACUCCAAGCCAAGACGAAGAUUCUCGUCAAAAGAACCAGAAAGUGGCAAACAGCAAAUUAUCCAACCAGCCAUUCAGACCUGAGAUAAAGACGGCCAUCACAGAAAACAAACCUGGACCAGGAAAGAUCAGGCUAAAACAUCGACCGGCUGACGUCCCUGACGGUGGACAGAAGAAACCCACAGACACACACAUCACUUCUUUACAUCACUGUGAGAUAAAGACAUCUCGUCUUCCUACGUUACCAGAAGAAGAAAUUUCCAACCUCAAGACGCCUGAGCCUGUUCCAGUGGUCAGAGAGGAGGCUGAUGGGAAGGACGACACCACUGAGGGCCUGGUCACCUCCAGCCAGUCGCUGCUCCAGUGGUGUCAGAACAUCACCAGCGGGUAUCAGGGGGUGAAGGUCACAAACUUCAGCACCUCCUGGAGGAACGGCCUUGCCUUCUGCGCCAUCCUGCACCACUUCCACCCAGACAAAAUUAAUUUUGACAAGUUGGACUCUCAUGACAUCAAGCUCAACAAUAAGAAAGCGUUCGAUGGUUUCGAGGCGCUGGGCAUCUCCCGUCUGUUGGAGCCAUCCGACAUGGUUCUUCUGUCCGUCCCCGACAGGCUCAUAGUCAUGACGUACCUCAGCCAGAUCCGCUCACACUUCACCAACCAGGAGCUGAGCGUGCUGCAGAUCGAGCACAACAGCAGUCAGUCCAGCUACGGCCUCGCCCUCUCUGGUCCUGCUCCCACCAACGUCGAUGCUGCCGCUUUCUGCAUGGCCAGACUGAACGAAGGAGUGAGUCUGGAAGAAGGAGGAAGCAGCACGCUGGUCGUCCCGCCUCCGAGAACCAAACGACUGGGUAAAGUGGAUGAUCCAAUAAGUCCAAUCCCACCUCCGAGGUCGGCUACCAAGGGGGUGAAAUCUGGAUCAGCUCAGGAUGACAACACAGUGACUAUUUCUGCAACAGAAAACACUAAUAAUACAGAGUUACAGAGUGCAGCUGAGAAUCAGCCUCCCAAGCAAGAAGAAGAAACGAUGUGUCUGCAGGACACCAGCCAGUAUGUGUUGAGUGAGCUGGCAGCGCUGGAGACGGAGCAGAAGCACAUCGACAGCAGAGCUGCAGUGGUGGAGAGACGACUGCGAAGCCUCAUGGAGACAGGAAGUGACCGUGAUGAGGAGGAGAGGCUGAUACAGGAGUGGUUUACUCUGGUGAACAAGAAGAACGCUCUGAUACGCAGACAGGACCACCUGGAGCUGCUACAAGAGGAGCAGGAUCUGGAGAGGAGAUUUGAGCUUCUGACCAGAGAACUACGGGUUAUGAUGGCUAUAGAAGACUGGCAGAAGUCGUCCACUCAGCAGCAGAGGGAGCAGCUGCUCCUCCAAGAGCUGGUGUCUUUGGUCAACCAGCGGGACGAGAUCAUCCGAGACAUCGAUGCCAAGGAGAGAGGUGCGCUGGAGGAGGACGAGCGUCUGGAGCGAGGUCUAGAGAUGAGAAGGAAAAAAUACAACAACAAAGAGAAAUGUGUUCUCCAGUGAGGACAGAAGAGAAGCACAAACAGCUUUUACUGCAGAGCCACUGAGGUCCCAUAAGAGUAUUUUUAAAAAUCUUUUCAUAAGAUAAAAACAGAUCUCUCAAGACUUCAGCUCUCUGUAGUUUCCUGUUCUUAAAGUGCCCUUAUUUUGCCCGUGAACUGCUCCGAGUGUGAGGCUGCAAAGUGUGUCUGUUUUUUGAGCUGAACGUUUCGAUAUUAAUCUGUCUGUAUUAAUGUGUUAGUAUUAUUUUAAUUCUUUUCAACUGUUUUUAUUUAUUUAAGUGAUGUGUCAGAUUGUUGUACAUCUUAUUGCACAUAUAUUGUGUUUGUGUGUGUAUUCUUCUGCUGGUUUAUUCAGUAUUCAAACACUGGCUUGUCCUCCUUUUUUCUGGGGAGACACUGUGUGGGGUGUUUGGGCUCCUCCUCGUCAUAUAUAAGGCCAAAACGUGCCUUUGCAACUUUUAUGGGAAAUAGUUUACAGUUGCUGAAGCACAUCAAGGAAUUUGUUCUGUUUGUAUGUUUCCACCUGAAAAAGAAAAGUCUGUUAACAUGUCUGUCAAAUAUGUGAGAAGUCAUGAGCUGGACUCAAACCCACGAUGUUGCUCGAGCAGUUUUCAGAUUCACAUUAAGCCUGAAAACAGACUCAAGGAUGCUCAAAGUGGCAUCCAGUUCAAAGCAUUUAUUUUCAGUUAGACCCUUGAAUCCACCGCAGUCUGUGUGGAUGUCAUGGUCACGCCUGCUUGGGUCACAGAAAUGAAAGUAUUUCCUCAUUUCUGUGCUGUUUUACUACUGUAUGCAUGCUUUUUGAAGUGUGCCGUUUAAAGUGGUACUCUGCUUUAAGUUCCUACUGUGUCCUUAUUAUACACUGUGUGCCUGAUGUCACUGUUUGUAUUUAUGAGUUUAAGAUAUUGAUAAAAGAUGUUGAAAGAGGAUGAAUAAAUAUUAUAUUGGUUGCUUGUA